CGGCGCGCCCGAUCGUUCGCCACGUGUCUUACCUGCGUCCCCUCCCUCCCCAUCUCUUGCGCCAUCUUUUUCUUCGGAAGAAGACGACGUUUCUCCAUCGCCAUCUUCUUCCCCUGCAUCUCUUGCCUUGUCCUCUACUCCGUCCCCACCACCAUCUCCAUGAGCUUUGUCACGGAACGAGCCCUGGACGACCAUCUCUUAACGCCACGGGGUUACAUCUCAGCGAUUCGGCUUGUUCGUCAACCACGGUUCAAUCUGGAUCUUCUGCGACUGACGCAGUUCUUCUACACUUCAGGAGUGUACGCAGCGGCCGAGUUCCGAUUCGCGGGCAGUCCUCAGGCGGUCGUGUUAGCAGAGACAGUGGUUGUACAUCGGCGGUCAGCUCCCGGGAUUAGCCACGUGUCCACGGUCGUCGGCUUCAGCGGCGAUAUCAGUACGAGUGACGAGAGCCCGAUUCCGCAUGUCCUCACGCGGACUCUAACGCCGUAUCUUCAGUGGUCGGCGUGCCUGGAGGAGCCAGGAACCAGCCGCAACCCGCCUUUGCAGCGGGAUUAUCUGGACCCAUGGGAGAUCAUCCAUCUCGCCUUUUUCCAAGUUCGAGCGGCCUCCGAGGACGAAGAAAUAGAGAUUGAGGAAGAGAGCGUUGAAGAAGAAGAAGCCGCCGAAGAGGACGAGGAGGAAGAAACCCCGGAGGAAGGCAGUUAUAGCGAGCACAGUGAGGGAGAGCAGUGUGAAGGCGAGGAAGAAGACGAGGAAGACGAAGAGGAGCUAGAGCUGGAGGAGUCUAAGUGGGAGAUCUCGGCGGAGGAGCUCGAGCGAACAGAAGUGGAGCAGGCGGAAGACCCCGAAGCGGCGUGCAAAAGAGACGAAAUCGCGGCCGUAAAACGACAGUUGGAGUUUGCCAGCAUGGCAAAUUUGCCGAUCACCGAGGAUCCGGCCCGCGAUCCUGAGCCGCCCAAGCUUGAAGAUGGAGAACAGGCCGAAACUUCGAGCGCACCGUGGAGGCGUUGGCGUGAACACUUCGUCGAUCUGUCGGUAUGCCUGAUUGGAGUACGAAUCACAUGGACCAAGGACGAGGAACACCGCGAGUGGUUUGAGUACUUGGAGCUGAUGAUCGUUCAAGCCUGGAGGACCGACGUGGAAGGCGAUCUUCGCGGAUUCCUGUACGGAUCGGUGCGCCCCAGUCAUCGCCAGCCGAUCACCUUAGAGCUGACGGUCCCCUUUGCGCAGUUAGCAAACGAUCUCCCACUUGAGAUCGUCUCGCAAAGUGACGACAUCCCGGUUCCGUAUGUCCUCACGCGGACCCUAACGUUGCAUCUUCAGCGGUCGGCGUGCCUGGAGGAGCCAGGAACCAGCUGCAAUCCUCCAUCACAGCGGGAUUAUCUGGACUCAUGGGAGAUCAUCGAUCUCACCUUUUUCCAAGAUCGGGCGGCCUCCGAGGACGAAGAAAUAGCGAUCGAGGAAGAGAGCGCUGACGAAGAAAAAGAAGAAGCCGCGGAAGAGGACGAGGAGGAAGAAACCCCGGAGGAAGGAAGUUAUAGCGAGCACAAAGAGGGAGAGCAAAGUGAAGGCGAGGAAGAAGACGAGGAAGAAGAAGAGGAGCUAGAGUUGGAGGAGUCUGAGUGGGAGAUCUCAGUGGAGGGGCUCGAGCGAAUAGAAGCGGAGCAGGCAGAAGACCCCGAAGCGGCGCGCAAAAGAGACGAAAUCACGGCCGGGAAACGACAACUGGAGUUUGCCAGCGCGGCAAAUUUGUUGAUCAGCGAUGAUCCAGCCCGCGAUCCCGAGCCGCCUAAGCCUGAGGAUGGAGAACAGGCCGAGACUUCGAGCGCACCGGCAGGACGGCGACGAAGUCGAUCGCCCUCCCCCUCCCGCCCCGACCGUCCAUCAGUUCGAGCCCGUACUUAUACGGGGCAUCGGGCUUCGUCCCCCGUCGUUAUCCCGCCGUCCCCUUCACUACCUCACCCUCCAUCAGAUCAGUACCCAUGUCACCUUCCCCCGUAACCCCUUACCCAUCGACACCUUUCGAUUCUUCUACACCACUCGCCUCGUCGUUACCAUUCACCCCCAUC